GUUUUUCGCAUCCACGUGGGCCAGCCGGCCAGGCGACCGCCGCCACCGCCGCCCUACUCCUGGUCCCAGCUCUGCUGCACCCUUCGCCGGCGACGAGCGUCCACCGCGGCAGGUACACCCACCCCCCUCACUUUUGCCCCUCCAACCAAAAGCGCCGGCAUCUCAAACCGGACGGCGCUCUCUUCUCUAUCCUCUGUGUCCCCUCCACCAAAACCGACGACGACGUCGCUCUCCUCCACCGGUGCUCGGCGCUCUCCCUCCACCAGCGGCGGUCCACCGACGCUCGGCGAGCUCCACCGGCGGGCGCUGGUCAGAUCCUCUCGGCAGUCAUCCACCUGGCACGUCGGAUAGCUCGCGCCUCCGUUGGCAGUCCCACCGCCGCCCGGCCCUCCCCCAGCGCCCCCGGUGAUCCGGACCGCACCCGCUUGCUCGGCCUAACGACCGGCUCCUGCCCCGCCGCAGCCGAAGCUCCCAGCGUCCUCCUGCAGGCCGAGCUGAAGGUUCAGCGCGCCGGUGGAGUUCGACGACGAAACUCCGUCACGUCAUACCUCUCCGCCUCCCGUCUCCAAUCGGGGCUCCCAGCGUCUCGGAGAAGAGGAGCAGCACGGCACGGCGGCUGUGGCGAGGAAGGCUCCUGUCCCAUCCCAACCCAGUUAGCAGCCGCCCAAGGAGGAGGAGAUCCAAUCGGCGUGCGGGCGUCCGCGGUCCAUCCAUCGAUCCAAUUCCAAUCUGCAGCGAGGAGGUCGGCUACCUUUCUCCUCCGGCGAGCUCCACGAGGGCGCCGACGAGGGGAUGGACGCGCAGCCUAACUGGAGAGGUGGACCGGCGGCGACUAGGAUAUCGUACAAGAACGCCACCAUCGUCAUGUGCGCCUUUAACCUCUUCGUUGCGGCCCUCCUCCUCCACAACUACUACUCGUCCUGGACGCGUAUCGCCGGAGGCAACAAGCUCGAUUCUGCUCAGCUUCGGUAUAUAUGGGAAUCUGAGGAGCUGCGUCGUGCUAUGGAGCCUGUGGAUUUGAUUAGAAGAGUGAAGGAAAUUGAGCAAGAAGCUUAUGGUGAGCAUGGCAUGGCGACAGAUGAAGAUCCUAAGCAAACUGCCGCUGUUGAUUUAUCAAAACGGCUUAAGGAUUUGAGGGCAGGCAAUGAUGGCAGUAGCCAAAAAGCUCUCGAAGAAUGGCGUAAACGGAAGAUGGAGCGUGCAAGGCAGCGAGCCAUCGAAAAGAAUGGGACUUCUAGUGUGAAAACUAAAUGAGGUGAGGAGUGUAAUGCAGCACAAGGGAUUUUGUUUUCAUGUGUCUCGGAGCUGCUCCAUGAUGCAUUCAAGUCAAUCCGUCCAUCGUAAGCGAGUGUAGCUGUGAUGACCCAUGUUUUUAAAGCCACAGGCAGCGGUGUUCUUGUAGAAACGUGAAGUUUUAAUAUUUGUGAUUGUCCAUGUUGCCGUGUUUUUUAACCGUCAUGUAUCAGUAUCAACUUUGUUUGUUCAUGGAAUCAUCCCUGCAAAUACUUUAUGCUUUUGCUUGAGUCCUCAUAGUGUUUGGUUUGACGAGAAGGGUGAAUGGGAUGGGGUCAUCUGUGGAUUUGGAAAUAUGAAUAUGUAUGAUAUCUGUUUGGUUG